AUGUCCAUGGAUCCACGAAACGGUCGUGAUACCGUACGAAUGCGUUUCUCGGGUGCAGCCAAAGGCGUGACAGAGUUGUAUCGCGAAGCUCUACAUGCAUAUGAUAAUGGUUACCGUGAUGCCUUGCUUCAUAUGCAUCACUUCGUUCUUCUUCUUCUUCCUUCUCCUAGUACAACGACAACGGCGGGAGUGUCAACCGCGUUAACAGGGGUUCCCUCUUCUAAUGGCCAACAGCAGGUAAAGGCGGUACUUACCCCAACAUCGCCACAGACGGUAGAUGCAGAACGUUUGAUGCAAUUCAUUCAAAAUUCAUUAAAACGCCGGGAAGGAAAAACAGCUGCCUCACGUGAGAUCUCAAGACGUCGAAAGCGAUCUGAAGCUUACUCGUAUGGAGAUCAAAAUAAUAAUAAUAAUAAUAAUAAUAAUAAUAAUAAUAAUAAUAGUGGUAAUAACAGUAGAAUGUGGGGCAAUGAUGAUCGGGUUGGGCCGUUUCGUCGCCUGCAGUCCAUCACAGAAGAGUCAACAGAGGUGGAGCGGGAUAUGCUGCGCACAGUGCACAUCUCACGUCCGGCAGAGUCAGACGUUGAAUCCUCUGAAGACGAGUUUAAUGCCGAAUUGUAA